CGAAACAUCUAUACAACCACAGUCAUUCUCCAAUUGCUGAAAGUUAUAUACGCGUGUACGGCCGCUUGCAUUCUUAUUUCAUUCAUUUGCGCAGGUCGAAAAGCCCCUUCAGCGGGAUUCCUUAGACUUUUCAGCGGCAUUGAAGACUUCCGGAACCCAUCCCAAUCUCCAUCGUCACUCUCCUCCUCUCAAACAAUGGCAUCGCGAACACUAGCAGUCUACCAAAAGGACGGCACACUGCGCAACCUCGCCACCGCCGUCUUAUCAUGCCACCCCAUCACCACCCUCCCGGACGACGACCGCAGCUUCUUCAAAGCCGCCGCAGACACCGACUACAUCGUCGCAACCCGCGAAACUAUCUUCCAUCCCCAAGGCGGCGGACAGCCUAGCGACACCGGCUCCAUAAAAUCCUCGUCGCCCGGAUCAGACAUCCAAUUCGACGUUAAGUCCGUGCGCAAGCUCCCCAAAGACCGCAUUCUGCACCAGGGAACCUUCACCUCGCCCGCGGAGAGUAGUAGCGGCAUCUUCUCGGAAGGCCAAACGAUCGUGCAGGCCAUCGAUGACGAGAAGCGAAACUUCCAUUCCCGGCUGCACACCGCCGGGCAUCUCCUCGGCCUCGCGGUGCGGCAGCUUGCGGAGUCGUCGAUUCCGGAGCUGGGGAGGGUGACAGAGGGUAAGGCACAGCAUACGCCUGGGUCCGCCGCUGUGGAGUAUUCUGGGUUGAUUGCUGGAGAGCAUAAGAAGGCGAUCCAGGACCAGGCGAACGAGUUGGUGAAGCAGGGACUUCCUGUGAAUGUGUUUUGGUGGGAUGAGAAGACGACGAGGAGUCAGUGUACGGCGGUGCCGGCGGAGAUGGCGGUGCCAGAGGAGGGGGUGUUUAGAGUGGUGGAGGUAGAGGGUGUCGGGUCGUAUCCGUGUGGUGGAACGCAUUUGCCAAGUACGAGGGAUGUGGGGGGCAUUGUGGUGAAGAAGAUUAGUAGGUCGAAGGGAGUUAGUCGGAUUUCGUAUGAUAUCACAGAUGCAGCGUAGGUAGUACGAGGGUAGAAGAUCUUUUAAAGUUUCUGUUGAAGUUCUCAGGCUCAAGCAAAAGAUUGCAGUCCGUACACUCAUUUACCGCUGUGGGAGGAGCUUGAGAUUACUUUCAGCAUUGUCAAUAAGAGAAAAGUUAAGCAAUUUGGACAACUGGUUACCUUGUGAGGCUACCCCAGACAGCGCCAACACGGUGUACGCAGAUAGCAAGUGUAUCCACUGGCCCCAGUUUCUUUUAGUACGUUGGAGUCCCAUAGACAGUCGCAGGAACUAAGAUGCUAACCCUGAACCCGUUUCAUCUGGUUUCUCGUAGC